AUGAUUAACCGGGCCCGGCCCCGCUCCCGCCGCCCGCGCGGGGCCACGCGGGGCUCGGGGAGCGCGGCGGGGCCGGAGCGGGGCCGGGCCCCGAGCGGCGGCAGUUGGGACCCCGCGGGCACCGGCGCGUCUCCGCGGAUGGACGCUGAGCCGCCAGGCGGGCCGCAGGGCCCCGCAGCCCGGGGAGCGGAGCAGGGCGAUGGCAGCGGGGCGGCCGGGGGGCUGCCCAGCCCCGGCACCCGCAGCGAUGCCCCCGCGGGCCGCGGGGACAGGGCCGUGGCGGUGUCGGUGGUCGCCAACUCAGCCUUCGAGGGGGCCCCUCCGCCCUACUCGCCCCUGGAUCCCAAGAGCUUUCACCUCUAUCCGCCGUUCCCAGCCGGCUUCUCCCAGCAAGGGCCCGUCAUUUACCAGCCGGGGCCGGGACCGCGGCCCUUCCCAGCCCCGGGCUUCCCUCCCGGGCCCCUGCCCUACACCACGUACAACGCGCAGCCGGGCCACGGGCCCUUGUCCGCCGGCCGCGGGCAGCAGCUGCCCAAGGACUACAUGGUGGAGUCAGUGCUGGUGACCCUCUUCUGCUGCCUGCUGACCGGGGUCAUGGCCCUCGUCUACUCCUAUGAGACCCGGGCUGCGCUUGCCCGUGGGGACGUGGCCCAGGCACACGUGGCAUCCAGAAAGGCUCAGUCGCUGGUCCUCUUCAGCCUCCUCUUCGGCUUGUUCGCCUCCAUCACCUGGAUCAUCUACGUCCUGGUGUCCCUGUACUUGUGACAAGGACCCUGAGCCCCAGGGACGCGCCGUGUGCCAAGAAUUCCUUGUGGCUCCCCACCUGGGGCCGGGGGGGGCACGGGCAGCUGGAGUUGCCACAGCCUUGUGACAAGGGUGACAAAUAAGUGUUCCUGGGGCUGCGGGGCGAGGAGCUGCCCCGGAGCCUUCAGCCAUCUGCUCAGGCCUGCGAGCCCCGGCCAGGGCAGGGGAGCCCGGAGCAGGGAGAUGCCGGAUCCAGCUCUGGGCAGGGAACUGUGUCGGAUCCAUGGGCCGGACCAGGCUCAGCUGCGGGAUGCUGAAUCCACUGCUGUGGGCCGGCACUUGGAGCUGCCAGGCUGGUGCAGAGGGAGCAUCUUGUAGGAUUGGGGUUGGAGAUGGAGCAGAUGUAACAGGUGUGUGGGAAGCCCUCGCUGAUCAUUAACAAUGUGAGAAGAUACAAACCCAGGUAUGCUGUCCUACAGUAAUUCUGCACACACACACACACACACACUUCUGCCACCUUCUUGCUGCUUCCAGAUUGAAAUAAAAUGCAGCUGUAGCCCAAGCUUCUGUUUUCUCUGCACACCAAGGGCCUGUAUCUCCCCUUGCCAUGGGCUUUGUCCACCACAAAAUUCAGGGUAAGUUCUCCUGCAACAGCUGAAAUCAGG